CUCAGUGUGUCUACUUGGCCGCUCAUCCGUCUGCGUCCAGCGGGAUAUGGAAACACAUCACGUUGGAUGAUCCAUGACAGCUGAAAUGACGGACAUGCCAAAGUUCGGCAGCACGCCGAGGGAGCUGCUAGCGGACGUGCUGCAGAAGCUGAAGACCGAGAGCGAGGCAGCCAAUGAGCGCGUGUCUGAGCACGCGGGAAGCUUCAAGCGGAGGAGGCUCGUGGAGUUUGUUUUCCUAAUAUGUGAAGAACUAAAACUGGAACCAUUCAUUAAAUUCCAAACAAUAGAAAUAUUUGAAAGGUAUAUGAUAAAACAUGUUGAGACGUUGUUUUAUAAUGCUUCCGCAAAUGAUGCUCCAGGGACCCAAAAAGAUAUUCAAGAGUUUCUGGGGCAGAAGCUGUUUGAAGAAAUAAACCUUCUUCUUUUCUCCUGCAUUCAAAUAACAAGCAAACUGUCUUUAAGAUGCAAUUUCGAUAAAACAGACACAGCUCUUACAGUCCUGAGGUCUUUGGGUUUUUCAUAUAAGAAGGAAACAAUUUUGGAAAGCGAGCUCAGAAUCCUUAAAACACUAAACUUUUCUCUCAAUGUCCAAAAUCCACUGAUGUACAUUGAAACACUGCUUGAAGUCUGGGGAUAUAAUGACUCUGCUGUCCCUAUUAUAGAUGUGCAUAAGACUUGCCUUGCGGUUCUUCAGUUUGUUUACCUACAGAGGAAUCCAAUUUAUCAGAAACUACUUGUGACAGCUGUUGGAAACUCAAACCCAACUGAAGUCCAAAGAAUAAAGUUUUUGUCAGUGAAAGAAGAUUGCAUGCUUUUAGCUGUGAGCGUAAUUUCAGUCAGUGCUUUCAUUGUUAACUUCACAUCCUGGACUCAGAUCUUGGAAGAAUUAAGCAGUAUAACUGGAAUUACUGCCGAUAACAUCUCUGAUAUCUCAUGUUUCAUAUUAAAGCACAUUUUGGAGAACUGAACUUCUCUUAUAUCCAGGCAAAAGGAAAUUAAGAAUGCUUCUUACACACUUGACACAUUGUUUAAAAAUGUAAAAAUGUAUGUUUUACCAAUGAAUCCCUUCAUUUGUAAUAUCAAGAAUAUAUUUAAACAAGAAACACUUUAUUCAUUUUAUUUUUCUUACAAAAGUUUACAGUUUGCAGUAUCUUUGUGAGAUAUUUUAAGUAAUAAACAACACUGUGAUA